CUGGCCUUCUUUCCCAGAUUCUGAAUUCCUCCUUUUGCGAUGGCUUUCCGGCUUACGCUAGCCUUGAUUCGUGGGCUCUUUUUGUUCCAGGCAGCAUUUGCUCAGACCUACAAUGAGCUCUACCGUCCUCAGUAUCACUUUACUCCAGCGAAAAACUGGAUGAAUGAUCCCAACGGGCUUUUAUAUUACAAUGGCGUUUACCAUCUGUACUAUCAGUACAAUCCAGGAGGGAACACCUGGGGAGCUAUGUCUUGGGGUCAUGCCACCAGCACUGAUCUAAUACACUGGGAUCACCAACCUGUUGCCCUCCUCGCUCGUGGCUACCCAGGUGAUAUCACUGAGAUGUUCUUCUCUGGUUCUGCUGUCGCCGAUACCCAGAAUACAAGUGCCUUUGGUACUGGUGGAAAGGUGCCAUUUGUCGUAAUGUACACUUCUUAUUACCCUGAAUCCCAGAAACUUCCCAGCGGGAAGUCAGUCAACGGCGGGCAGCAAGCACAAUCUAUUGCCUACAGUUUGGAUGAAGGUAUGACAUGGACAACCUACGACGCCGCCAAUCCUGUCAUUCUCAACCCUCCUACCCCAUAUACAGACCAAUGGCGGGACUUCCGGGAUCCGUUUCUGUUCUGGCACGAAGCUAGCCAGAAGUGGAUCGCUGUGGUUUCGCUGGCCCAACUCCACAAAUUAGUUAUUUACACCUCCCCGAACCUCAAGGAGUGGACAUAUGCCAGCGAAUUUGGCCCUUGGAAUGCAGUAGGAGGUGUUUGGGAGUGUCCAAGCCUCUUUCCACUUGCUGUUGACGGAGAUGACGCCAAUACGAAAUGGGUUAUGCAAAUCGGGCUCAACCCUGGCGGGCCCCCUGGAGUGACUGGCUCAGGAACGCAGUAUAUUGUGGGAAUCUUUGAUGGAACAAAAUUUGUUGCGGAUACGAAAUCUCCACUUUCGACACCUACAUCCACCAGUACCACUACCUCAGUAUCCAUCAGGUCCACAACAACAACAGCAGCUGCGACUGCAACUGCAACUGGAGAAAUCAUAUUUCAAGAUUUUGAAGGCGCCAGUGACUUCGUGUCUCGCGGCUGGAUUGCCACUGGAGGUUUACUCGGGGCUGCUCCCGCUAAAGGGACUCUUACGGGACAACAAACCGUCGCUGGAUACGCAGGAAAUCAGUUGGUCAAUACAUUUUUAAGUGGAGACUCCACAGCUGGCACGCUUACAUCCCCGGCUUUCACCAUAUCACUUCCAUAUAUCAAUUUCCUUAUUGGUGGCGGGAAUGCGCCGGGCACAGAAUGCAUCAACCUCAAGGUCCAAGGCAAGGUUGUACGGACUGCUACAGGCGCGAAUACAGAACAACUCAUAUCAACGACCUGGGAUGUCAACGACCUGAUGGGUCAGACCGCUGUACUUGAGAUCGUGGAUCAGCAAACAGGUGGCUGGGGACACAUAUUGAUUGAUCAGAUUACCUUCACAGGCAGCACCAGCACCAAUAACCUCCCUAAACGCAGUGAUUCUAGCGAUACUUGGGAUUUCAAUGGUACUAGCACUUUUACAGACUAUGGCUGGACUGCUACUGGAGAUUUGGUUGGAAAAGGGCCAGCCCAGGGCACACUUGCAGGACAACAGGUUGUGGCUGGGAAUAUGGGAAACUUCGUCAACACAUUCUUGAGCGGAGAUGCUACCACUGGAACACUCACGUCCCCCACUUUCACCAUAACGCAGAAGAAGAUUAACUUUCUCAUCGGUGGUGGCAAUUCUCCGGGCACAGAAUGCAUCAACCUAAAGGUCCAAGGCCGGGUUGUACGAACGGCUACUGGCGCUAAUGCAGAACAACUCAUACCGACAACCUGGGAUGUCACGGACCUGAUAGGACAGUCUGCGGUUAUCGAAAUUGUUGAUCUUAGUACGACUGGCUGGGGGCACAUUCUGAUUGAUGAAAUUUCCUUCUCAAAUCUAUCAAUUGAGCCAUACGGGCCCAACUGGAUGGACUAUGGGCCAGACUUCUACGCUGCAACAACAUUCAAUGGAUUACCAUCCACAAAUCGAAUCAACAUUGCGUGGAUGAACAAUUGGCAAUACGCUAGUGUGAUUCCUACUUCUCCAUGGCGCAGCAUGCUAUCAGUUUCCCGGAAGCUUUCGCUCAAGACGAUCGACGAGAGGCCAAGACUUAUCCAGCAACCUACGGCAAACUGGACCAGUUUACGGACAACAGCGUAUUCUAACAGCUUUGAUACAGUGGCUGAAGGCAAUCAGCUCGUACAGCUCUCCGGGAAAUUACUUGAUAUCACAGUGGCCUUUUCAGACAGAGUUGCAGCGUCAUCCUCAUCUCACUUCGGCAUAAUUCUCAGGGCAACCUCUGACUUAGCCCAACAAACACGGAUUGGCUAUGACUUUAGCACAAAGAGGCUUUUUGUUGAUCGAACAAAAUCUGGGAAUGUUGGCUUUGAUGGGACAUUUUCUGAGACCUAUUUUGCUCCUUUGAUGCCCUCGGGUGAUGGCCAAGUCACAAUGCGCAUUCUUCUUGACUGGUCCUCCGUUGAAGUCUUUGGAGGUCAGGGUGAGGUCACAAUAUCCGCUCAAAUCUUUCCUCAGGACAAUGGUGUUGAUGUCCGGCUUUUCUCCGAAGGAGGAAGUACAAAUGGUGUGACGAUUGACGCAAGGGUGCUUGAUUCAGCUUAUGAUUUAUCCACCCCGAUCUCUUCCCUUAGUAUCAGCUCAACCUCCACCGAUACUGCAACCACCAUCAGCACCACCAGCACUACAUUGGUCGGUAGCACCCUAACUAAAAGUAUAAGAACCACCACCAGCGCUAGCCCUACGCCCAGGGCGCCUUACGAUUUUCGUCCUAUUUUUCAUUUUGUGCCAGAAGAGAACUGGAUGAAUGAGCCCAACGGACUAAUCAAAAUCGGCUCCAUCUGGCACCUUUUCUUUCAACACAACCCAACUGGAAACUUUUGGGGCAACUUAAGUUGGGGGCAUGCCACUAGCACCGACCUUGUGUCCUGGGAUUAUAAACCGGUUGCAAUUUCGAGCGCAGAUGGGAUACAGGCUUUCACAGGAACCUCAUACUUUGAUGCAGAAAAUCUCUCAGGGCUUGGGACAUCAUCAAACCCGCCAUACCUUGCCUUUUAUACUGGCUACGCCCCCUCAAGUGGCGUACAGGAUCAAAGGCUUGCGUAUAGCUUAGACCAGGGAGCGACUUGGACAAAGUACCAGGGGAAUCCAAUCUUACCGCAAAGCCAAGAAGCACCACACGAUUCAACCCAGGGUCUAGAGAUACGUGAUCCAAAAGUGUUCUAUCACAGCCCGACGAGCAGGUGGGUCAUGAUUCUGGCGCACGGGGGACAAAACAAAGUGACGUUUUGGACGUCUACAGAUGCAAUGAACUGGAUCUGGGGAAGUGACUUCGCCGCGAGCAAUGUUGAGGGAUUUCCAGGUGGUGUCAACGGUUGGGAAGUGCCAGACUUUUUUGAACUUCAGGUUCAAGGUACUUCGCAAAAGAAAUGGGUGUUAGUUGUGACCCCCGCCGCUGGAUCACCCGCUGGCGGUAAUGGAGUCUUUGCACUCACUGGGUCUUUCGACGGCUCCGUGUUUACAGCAGAUGCGGUUGAUCCUACCACUCUAUGGCUCGAUUAUGGACGCGACUGGGAUGGGGCCAUGAGUUGGGAGAAUGUACCUGCUUCGGACGGCCGCAGGGUUCUUGCUGCAGUUAUGAACAGUUAUGGUGUCAACCCGCCAACUGAUACGUGGAAGGGAAUGCUUUCAUUCCCUCGCACUCUGGAACUCAAGAAACUCAAUGGCAAACUGCAAUUCCUCCAACUGCCCGUGAGCGAACUGGACGCGGUCGGUACUUCAGUUGCGACUAUCACAAAUCAGACUCUUGCACCUGGGCAAGCGUUGCUCUCCAACAUCCAUUCAAGGUCAUUGGAUAUUCGUAUUACCUUUGUUCCUGCGCAGGGCUCCACGCUGUCUCUCUCCGUUCGCAAGGGAGGGUCUCAACAGACGGUAAUUGAAUAUGUUCAGUCUAACAACCAACUUUCGGUCGAUCGCAAUGCAAGUGGAAACACCUCAUACGAUCCUGCUGCUGGCGGUAUCCACAAGACUACUCUUCAGACUGAUGCAGAUGGAAAGGUGCAAUUGCGGGUAUUGGUCGAUGAAUGCUCCAUUGAGGUUUAUGGUGGGCAAGGGGAGGCGGUAAUUUCUGAUUUGAUAUUUCCCGAUAUUUCCUCGGACGGCCUUGCUUUGUCCGUUAUUCAAGGAAACGUGGUACUGGAAUCAGUCGACGUGCGAACGAUUUCGCUCUGAGCUGGCUUGAUCAGCAAGGGAAUAACAUUCAUUCAUAUGCGGCGGUUAGGUACGGACGGAUGCGUUGGGGUUAUAAGGAAGAGGGUAGGUAGUAGGAAGAUGUCUCAGUAUUUUGCUUCCUAUUUGAGCUGACGGUCUUGGUUCUCUCUAUGACCCCUAUAGCACAUAUUGGGCCUGUGGGGGUUUGUCCCCUUCUUCCCUGCGCUUGUGUGCGCCAGGCAUACAAGCAACAUCGUUUCUUCCCUUUGAUGGGGAUUCCCUCUCCCUCCGACGGAUGUUUCCUGUCACGGCCUAUAUAGGCCUUUUUCUUGACGUUUCUCCUGUUUCUCUCUUCGCCUUUUUCGUGCCCUUGCUUUCUGAUAGCUCGAACCAAGUUCAUGCUCUCUUGUCCCUGUGCGUAGUUUAUCUCUCACCCUCUGUAUUGAAAUUGAAUAUGCGGG